UGUACGGUAAUCUGAUUUCCAUCAAUUACAAAACCAAGUAGAAUGGUGUUUGUUGGUGGUUUUGUAUUCAUUUUAAAUGGGAAAAAAGUGGGGAAAAAACUUUAAAAGAUCGGUUCCGGUCGUCACGCGCACAAACGAAGUCCAUUGUGCCGUCUUCCUCCGCCCCCUGUACAACAUAGCGCCUCCUCCGCUUGUGGUUGUACUGCGGCCAUCGGUGAAAGUUUGGGAGCCCCUUAGUCGUCUACAACGUAAAAUUUGUGUUUCAGAUUAACUCUUCGAGAGACACAGCAUGCGAAAGACCCACCAAGUAAAGCAAUCCGCCGAAUGAUGACUUUCACUUCAUAGCGUGGUGGUACACUCCAGCCUUGUGUUCAUCUUCAAGUGGUCUCUGAGGUCGCCGCCAUGGCUCGCGGCUGCGUCUGCUGUGUCAAGUACAUGCUCUUUCUCUUCAACCUGCUCUUUUGGCUGGGCGGGUGCGGCCUGCUGGGUGUGGGUGUGUGGCUGUCGGUGUCCCAGGGCAGCUUCGCCACGCUGUCGCCCUCCUUCCCAUCACUCUCUGCCGCCAACCUCAUCGUCACCCUGGGCACCGUCGUCAUGGUGACAGGCUUCCUGGGAUGCCUGGGCGCCAUCAAGGAGAACAAGUGCCUGCUGCUGAGCUUCUUCAUCGUCCUGUUGAUCAUCCUCCUGGCCGAGCUCAUCCUUCUCAUCCUCUUCUUCGUCUACACCGACAAGGUGAGUGACAACGCCAGGCGGGACCUGAAGGAUGGGCUGGUUCUGUACAACACGGACGACAAUGCGGGGCUAAGGGACGCCUGGAACGCCAUCCAGGGGGAGUGGCGCUGCUGUGGGGUGAUGAGCUACAGCGACUGGCACUCGGCCCUGCAGGUCAACGUUGUUCCUGACAGCUGCUGCCAGAUCAUCCACUCGGGAUGCGGACGCAACGCUUCCAACGCCUUCUGGACACGGGGCUGCUACGAGAAGGUGGAGGAGUGGCUGGAUGACAACAAGCACCUGCUGGGAACCAUCGCCAUGUGUGUGCUGGUCAUUCAGCUCCUGGGGAUGGCGUUCUCCAUGACGCUCUACCAGCAGAUCCACCAGGCGGCCAAGAAGUACGAAGCCUGACCAACUUCCUGCCCUGGUUUCAAACACUUACAAGCUGGUACAUUCAACAUAUACACAUAGCCAUGUUUAAAAAUACCUUACUUACUGGAUGUUUUCUUUGCAGUAAUACUACAUAAUACAUUUAUUCUUCUAGCUGGUAGAUGUUUGUUUUAUACAAAAUAUGUCUUGGAGUCCUGAUAUGUUCAAUUAAAGCACGUCCUGUCCCUUUAAGGAUAAGAUGGGUAAACACA